GUUUGUGUGUGAACAAAAUCUUACCUUUUAAUUGUUUGGUUUGUUUUUAUUAUUUACAAGGUGGAAUAUAUGUUAGUAAAAUUUGACCAUGAGAAUAAGAAAGUGCGCUUGGUGCUCUGCGGUGAGGAAGUUCUUCAAACACUGCAAGACAAGGGGGAGAAGGUAAACCCCAACCACCCAACACUCUGGCGACCAGAAUAUGGAAGUUACAUGAUUGAAGGGACACCUGGGCAGCCGUAUGGGGGAACCAUGUCUGAAUUCAACACAGUGCAAGACAACAUGAGGAAAAGAAGGCAAGAGGCUGCUUCUGUGCUCAAAGAAAAUGAGGCUGUUUGCACUGUGACAUCAUUUCCAAGGUUAGGGUGUCCUGGGUUUACGCUGCCAGAAUAUAAGCCAACGCCUGUAGAAGGAGGAGCUUCAAAAUCCCUCUUUUUUCCAGAUGAAGCCAUCAAUAAACAUCCCAGAUUUAGUACACUGACCAGAAACAUUCGGCACCGAAGAGGAGAGAAGGUUGUGAUAAAUGUACCAAUAUUUAAAGAUAAGAACACGCCAUCACCAUUUAUUGAAACGUUUCCUAAUGAUGACGGAGAAGCAGCAAAGGCAGCUAAGCCAGAGUAUAUAUACAUGGAUGCUAUGGGUUUUGGAAUGGGAAACUGUUGUCUUCAGGUAACAUUCCAGGCUUGUAGCAUUUCUGAAGCAAGGUAUCUCUAUGAUCAGCUAGCCACGAUCUGUCCCAUUGUAAUGGCGUUGAGUGCUGCAUCUCCGUUCUACAGAGGCUACGUGUCUGAUAUUGACUGUCGCUGGGGAGUAAUCUCUGCAUCUGUAGAUGAUCGAACGCGAGAAGAGAGGGGGCUAGAGCCACUGAAGAACAACCAUUAUAGAAUCAGUAAAUCCAGAUAUGAUUCCAUAGACAGUUAUCUAUCUGAAUGUGGUGAGAAAUACAAUGACAUUGAUUUGACAAUAGACAAAGAGAUCUACGAGCACCUAAUAAAGGAAGGUAUCGACCACCUUUUGGCACAGCAUAUUGCACACUUAUUCAUUCGAGACCCAUUGACUUUGUUUGAGGAGAAAAUACAUCUAGAUGAUGCAAAUGAAUCUGACCAUUUUGAGAAUAUUCAGUCUACAAACUGGCAGACAAUGAGGUUUAAGCCUCCUCCUCCGAAUUCAGAUAUUGGAUGGAGAGUGGAAUUCAGACCUAUGGAGGUCCAGUUAACAGACUUUGAAAACUCUGCAUAUGUUGUGUUCGUGGUAUUGUUAACCAGAGUGAUUCUGUCGUAUAAACUGGACUUUCUCAUUCCUUUGUCCAAGGUGGAUGAAAACAUGAAGAUGGCCCAGAAAAGAGAUGCUGUCCGGCAGGGAAUGUUUUACUUCAGAAAAGAUAUUUGCAAAGGUGGAAAUGCUGUUGUGGAUGGAUGUGGCUCUGCACAGAACGGGACAGGCACCGAUGCAGAAGAGUAUACCUUAAUGAGCAUUGAUACAAUUAUCAAUGGGAAGGAAGGAGUCUUUCCUGGUUUGAUCCCAAUUUUGAAUUCCUAUCUUGAAAACAUGGAAGUGGAUGUGGACACGAGGUGCACCAUCCUAAACUACCUGAAGCUAAUUAAAAAGAGAGCGUCUGGAGAAUUAAUGACGGUUGCUCGAUGGAUGAGAGAAUUUAUUGCACAGCAUCCAGACUACAAGCAAGAUAGUGUGAUAACUGAUGAAAUGAAUUACAGCCUUAUUUGGAAAUGCAACCAAAUCGCACAAGGCCAGGCAGAGUGUCCUGAACUAUUGGGGGUAGGAUUUAAUAAGAAACAAAGUGGAAACAAGACUGACUCUUUGUAAUGAAUGAAUGUUUCUUUAAACAAUAGAAAGUUUUAAGCCUUUUAGCAAAGCACUAGCAAAGAUACUGUGAAUCUGGUACAGUUUCAUGGUGUGAAGACCAAAACAGGGAUACUGCACUAUAAAAUGGGCCAAUUUGCCUAAAUAUUCAUUUAAGGCAUCCUAAAAUGGGCAUAUUCUUAUUGUUAAGGUUUAUACAAUAUACAUGUAAAUAGUAAAAUAUUUUUAUGAUUAACAUCAAUGUAUUUUAAUAACAUUGUAUCUAAAGUUAUUGUGAAUUAGCUUGUAACUUUUUUAUGCUUAUUCUAGAAAGAAAAAAUUGUCCUGAACAGCUUUGUAAAUGUAAUGGUACUUGUAUAUUAUAUGCAUUCCAGUUACUGAAUGUUUACUGUAAUUUUUUUAACCUGGAAUGUGCUAAGUAAUGUACCUUA